AUGGAUUUUUAAAUUUGCUAAAAUACUCAAAGUCCAGAAAAAUUUUUAUGCUUAAAUGAGGAAUGCUAUUUGGCUGAAAAAAAACAUAUACAAUGUUACCAGUGUCUAACUAAAUAGCAUCUAAGUAAGAACAAGGUAGUAAGACAUGUGGACGAUUUCAUAGAGCUAGAAUAAUUUACAAAUGAAAUAAAAAAGAAACAAACAAAAAGACAAACCUUCAUCUAAAUGAUAUUUUAAUAGGCAUUCGACUUUUAGAAGAGCAAAGUUUAGGAAAUUUAAUUGAGUAAGAAUCCAGACUUAAUUAAAAAUGCAACAGAAAAGAUUGAAGGAGAAACCACAAAAUUCCUUAAGUAUCUGAGCACUUUAUAUUUGGAUCAAAAGUUCACAUUUCCCUACCAAAACUCAUUUCAUGUUUAAUAUGUGAAAUUUUACUUUGAAAAUGAAAAUAAAUAUUAGGAAGACGCAAAAUCAAAAUUAUCAAUACUAUUCUCAUAAAUUGAGAAGUACAUGCAGACUCUUGAUCUAGACAUUCGUACCACAAUGAAGAGGUUAAUAUUAGAUUAAUUAUUUAUUUAGGUCUUAUUAGAAAUUAGAAUAGCUUGAAAAAUAAGUCAUCUAAUUUAGUAAAUCGUCAUUUUACAAUAAAUUAUAAUUAUUAGUACUCCUGUUAAUAUUGCCAUAUUUAGUGUAUUUGUAAAUCAAUCAGUUGGAGAUAAUAAAAUACUAGAGACAAUAUGAAUAGACAUUUCAAAUAUAGGAGUAUUUAAUUUAAGAAUUAGUCAGUAUUAAGGAUAAAUAUAGUUUGCUUGAUAAAAAGAUUGAAUAUUUAAUCCUGAAUGAGACUGAGAAUAUUAUGGCAUUGAAUAAAACAGUUACGGAAGCAGUAGAUGGUGUUUAAAAGUUAAAGCUUCGAUUUGAUGCUUUUAAAUAAAGUUCGACUUCUAAUUUAGAGAAAGUUAGGAUAAAUCUAUAGACUAACCUAGAAACUUUACAAAAUAAUAUAACAUAUUUUGAGACUUAGGAAACCAAUUUGAGAAGUUAGAUUUCGUAAAUUUCAUCAAAGAUGAAUGCUCUAUUCUUAAAAGAGAAUGAAGUGAAAUAACUAUUGGAGUCGUAGAAGAAAGAGAAGUAGGAGUAAUCCAGAAGAGUAAAGGAAAUAAUGAAUUAGUUGGAGGAGAAACAAGUAAUUAGAAGGAUAAUUCAGUUGAAGAAUUACUUGUAUUCACUUUUGCAUUAUAGACAUUUAAUAAAAAUUCAUUUAAAUUUACCAAAAACUGAACUCAAAGAUUUUUAAUUAAUUUAUGAAGAAUUAUUUGACAAGCCAGUAUUAGUUUAUACUAUGAUAUCGAUAUAACAAAAGGUCUAUAAGUAUGAGGGUGACAAUCCUUUGGUAUGUUUGGGAGGGUUGAGUGUAAAUAGUUUGGAUAGCAUUGAUUUAAUAGCGUGUGACUUCGCUAAUGAUAUUUUCAAGCCAACUUUUGAAUCAGACAAGGCUCUAAAAAGUAGUCAUGGAGAUAUAUACUGGUAUCAAGUUUAGGAAUCUUCAUUUGGAUUUGCACCGAAUGAAAAUAUAAAACUUUUAUAUUGCGAUGACUAUGACGAAGAAAAUGAGUACAGAUUAAGUUAUUGGUAUAACCUGAGAUCAACUUCAGGAGGACGUAGAUUGGGUAAAUUUACAUUGUUAGAGAAUUCAACAGAACAUAUAUUGUAGAUAUAUUUAUUGAAGGCUCCAUUUUAAUGA